CCGCCAGGUUCACGUUGUCAGUUUGGCGCGCGACAGGUGAAACUGUGAACGUUUCGCGCGUAAACUCGUGUUCGAAAUUUAAAACUUACGUGCCAUUCACUUUUACUUUUUAUUAUAAUAAUUGCGUAAGGUCGCAGUAAGUUAUUGGGUUAUGUGACAGUUCGGUGUGAUACUAUAACAUUUAAAAUGUUUUGAAGGAUGUUUACUUGUUAAUAUUGAAAAGUGAAUGAUGACAACGGAAGAUGCAGGAGGCUGCAUUAAUAGAGCCUUCGAGAACGCGGACGAUGGUUUCCAGACAAUAGACCUGAGAAGAACCGCCAGGCGAUAUGGAAACAAUUAUGAGGCAGAAGGUGAGAGCGUCAUGUCUCCGGAAGAGCGUCGCGGUCGCUGCGGCUGGGGGAAGCUGCGCCCAUCCUGGCUGCAGACCUUCCGGACCGCCAAGUGGGCGCUAUUCUGGCUAUGCUGGGCUGGGGCCAUACAAGGAAUGGUUGUGAAUGGAUUCGUGAAUGUAGUCAUCACCACCAUCGAGAGAAGGUUCGGGCUACGCUCCAUGCAGACGGGUGUGAUAGCCGGGGGCUACGACAUGGCAUCGUUCGCGUGUUUGGUCCCAGUGACGUACCUGGGGGGAAGGUCGGGGGCGUCGAAGCCGCGCUGGCUCGGCUGGGGUGCGCUGCUCAUGGGAGUUGGCUCUCUGCUGUUCGCGCUGCCGCACUUCCUGGUUCCACCCUACAAAGUGGCUGGAGAAGAACCUGCGGACCUAUGUAUUGCCAAUAAAACGUCCAGUGUGCAAUGCACCGAGGAAGCGUCUCCUGAGGGUGGCAGCUGGGCCGUGGCCAUCUUUGUGUUGGCACAGCUCCUGCACGGUGCUGGAGCCACGCCGCUCUUCACUCUUGGAGUCACGUACAUCGAUGAGAACGUCUCCAAGAAAAUGUCUUCUGUCUAUCUAGGUAUUUAUUACACGAUGGCGGUGGUGGGACCAGCACUGGGCUACGUACUCGGCAGCCAGAUGCUGUACAUCUAUACAGACUUCGCAACUGUCAGCUCUGAAUCGCUGGGUAUAACUCCACUGAGUUCUGUCUGGAUCGGCGCUUGGUGGAUUGGCUUCAUAUUCUCUGCCAUCUUGUGUCUUGUCGUAGCCAUCCCCCUGCUGGCUUUCCCAUACGAACUACCCGGGGCAGAAGAAAUUCGUGCAGCCAAAGUAUCGGAAGCCCACGAAGGCUCAGCAUCAAAGUCAGCCGCUUUUAGUGCCCUCAAAGAGCUGCCUCGGGCAGCUGCAGCAUUGUUUAGAAACCCUACGUUCAUGUUUCUCAACCUGGCGGGCGCUAGCGAGGGCAUGCUCAUCUCUGGGUUCGCAGCGUUCCUACCCAAACUAAUCGAGAACCAGUUCGCUGUGAGUGCAUCUGAAGCAGCCUUACUAUUAGGUAUCAUCACGGUCCCGGCCGGUGGCGGCGGCACGUUCGCUGGAGGCUGGCUGGUGAAGCGAUGGCGCCUAGCUUGCGCUGGCAUCAUAAAGCUCUGUGUCAUCUCUACCCUCAUCGCAGCCAUUUUCACCUUCUCCUUCGUACUAUCCUGCGACGAUUAUCCCUUCGCGGGGAUCACUACUAUGUACUCAAGUCCUUCAGCUCCCGGAAGCAACAGAUUGUUAGCGCGGUGCAACACAGAGUGUGGGUGCGGCAGUGCGGCGUACAGCCCAGUGUGCGGCGCGGAUGGCACGGUGUACUACUCGCCGUGCCACGCGGCGUGCCGCACCGUCGUGACGAGCGGCGCCGCGCGGCUGUACCGCGACUGCGGCUGUAUAGUCGCUAACGGCACGCUGCCGACACUCGCCGACGAGUCCGGCGGCAGCGUGUCGUAUGAAGCCAUCAACAGUAUGUGCCCGUCCGAGUGCCCUUACCUGUGGCUCUUCGUGCUGCUCAUGUUCAUCGUGAUGCUGUUCACCUUCCUGGCCACCAUGCCCGCCCUCUCGGCAACACUCAGGUGCGUGCAGGAGGAGCAGCGCUCGUUCGCGCUGGGCAUCCAGUGGAUCGUGGUGCGGCUGGCGGGCACCAUCCCUGCACCGCUGCUGUUCGGCUUCCUGAUCGACCUGUCCUGCUCGCUGUGGGCGGCGCACUGCGGCACCACGGCUGCCUGCCUGCUCUACGACAACCACAACAUGAGCAGGUAUAUGUUGGCCUUAGCUCUGGCUGGUAAACUAUGCUCGUUGAUAUUCUUCUUUCUGGCGUGGUGGUGCUACCGACCUCCCAAGAACACAGUCGCUCCAUCAAUAGACUUGACGCAAAGCGAGAAAAGCAACGGUACCAUCCCCACAGUAGCAACCGUCAGUACAAUAUCCAACGGAACCAGCGUCGAACAGAGCAAUGGAUAUUGCAACGCGGCUCUAGAAUGCAGUGAUCAUCUAUAAACUAAGUGUUUGACUAAAUCCAAGGUUUUUGUACUAGUACAUAAGUUGUAAUAAACGAAUAGACUGCAUAGAAUAGACCAAAAGUUCUGAAUCAACUCAUCAUGUCUGGGCAGGCCAACAAAAAAAAUAAGAUCUAUGUACUAAUACCUAAUUUAAAAAAAAAUGGUACGUGACAUUAUUACAGUUUAUUUUAUAAUUUUUGGUAAUUAAAAACACCUUAAAUAUUUUUUUCGACGUGUAGACAUAUAUUUAUCUAAGAUCUACACGUGCCAUGGUGAAGCGUAUAUUUUGUUUACUGUUUUAUAACGAUGUUGAAAUGCGAGACAAUAUUUGGUUGUUAGUUAUUAAAAAGAUUCCUUAAUGUGAACAGAAUAUUAAUGUUACUAUUAAUUAAUUUAUGAUGCCUAUUAUAAUUAAUAUCUCAGUCGACUUUAAUUUAAACAUCAUUUAAAUUACAUUUUGUAAUAUUAAACUAAUGAAUGCGACAUUCCAUUAAGUACCUACAUAAGAACCGACUGCGAGCAAAAUAUUGAUAUUAGAUAAGUACCUAUGUAUUACAUACAUAUACAUAUUAUGUUAGAUAUUAUAUUAUGUUGUAUUUGAAAUUGUAUGUAAAUAAUAUUGUGAUGUUUUUAUAGUAAGGUCUUAGGUACAUUAGGUUUUAAUUAUUUAUUGUUUUUUUUUUGUAAAUACUUAUUGAUUUGUUUUAAGAAUUCCAUAAAUUAGUAUAUAAGUAAUAACUAUACUCUAAUUCAUUUAUAUUAUAAUCGGAUAUCUAAAAUAAAUAAUGUUUUGAAUUAGCACGAUUAAACGGUCAACGGAAAGUUGAGCCGGCGUGAGGCACUGAAUAACCAAAACCGCUCUAUAAUCACCAAGGUGAGGUUUACUUAUGAAGUCAUUUAUGUAAUAAUAACUGGCAGAGGCCAAUUUGACCACACAAAUGUUUUUUAACAAUAAUUGUUUUGAAAUUAGUAACUCAUGUUGUAAACGCAUACAUACCUAUAGGUACAUCGCCCAACAAGACUUACUAACUCGACCUAAUAAAUGUUUGUUCCUGAUGUAACAUUAUUAUAAUAGGUAUCAAUUUAUAGCAAAUCCGAUAAUGUGCCUAUGUAGGCAUUAGUAACUAUAUACAUUACAUUAUUAAGAGUAUAUUAAUUGAGAGGCAACAGUAAAAUAUAUAUUAAUCAGAUAGGUUAUAGGUACUUUAUUUGUAUCUAUAAAUCAUUCUUUGGCCCUAUACUACACACAAAGAUGGUAUUAAUAUGCAUUGUCCCUAAUUAUACCUAUAAGUACCAAAGUAGGUACCUAAAUAUUAAAUGCAAUGAAAAUAUCUUAACUGGGCGCAUGAAUCUUUUUAACCGUGUGCACUGUAGAACUGAUUGAGUAGGUAAUGCCCAGAAAUACAUCAGAUUCUAAAGGUUUCACCUCCUCUCUGUUUUUCGCGUAUAGGGCGCGUCUACGGGAUUUAAAUCACGGGGUCACUAGUCAAAUACCAUAUCAACCUACAGUAUGUGUUAGUAGGACAUGAUACCUAUUCAUGCCUUCUGACUUCGGGUUACAUUGAAAGUUAAUCAAAAGAAUCAAGAGAAUCUCCACCUGAGCCUUCAAAAAUAUUAAAAAAUAUUUAUUACAGCAACAAAACUGGUACAAACAUAACAGUGGAUAUUAGGUUGUACCUUCUUUUAUGGACGAACACCUGUGCCUUUGCAUGCAUAUGCAUGUACGCGUACCAUGCUAUUAGGAACUUUUUACGUACUUACGUAACUACCUACAUUUGGGGUGUUUGGUCCACGCUUCUUUACCUAAGGAGGUAUUAUGAGCGGAAUGGCUAUUCUAAGUACUAAGUAAGUAGGAAAACAGUUACCCACUUGUUUUUAACGGUAUUUGAAGAAACAAUUUAAUUUUUUAGUACCUAUCUACUUAUACAAUAAUAAUAUUAUAUAAAACUAUUUGCAUGUAGGUUUUUUACCAAUUUAUAAUUAAGAAGUUUCGAGAAUUUAGAAUUUUUUAAAAAUAAAAAUUUAAAUUGAUAA